CGCACGGCGCUGCCUCCAGUCACUCGCUAGCUCGGGUGGCUUCAGCUCUCCAGGCGGCCGGCCCCGCAGCCUCAGCCCACCCGGGCCAUGACACCGCUGCAGCAACUCCCGACUCGGCGCCCCGAUCUCUCGCCGCGGCUCGCUGCUCCUCGCGCCUCGAGGGCUAGCCGCCUCCUGGACCUCCCUCUGCUUCUGCUGCUGCUCCGAGCUGCUACUCCCGCAGCCGCCGCCGCCGUCCCCGCCGCAGCAGCCGGCAGCCACCCCAAGACGAGCCCUCGCAUCACCGCAGCCUGGAAAGGGCAGGAGAGCUACAGUUUCCCAGAGCCUGAGCCCCACACGGUGCUGUAUCACGAGCUGGGCAGUGACUCUGUCGUGGUGGGAGGACGAGGGAAGCUCUACCAUUUUGAUUUCAUCCAGGGGAAAAAUGCCUCGUUAGAGACGGUGGUCUUCGAUCCCAAUAAAUUAUUCUGCCAGAAUCAGUUGGACUGUGAGAACUACAUCACCCUUUUGGAGAAGCAGAAAGAAGGCUUGCUCAUUUGUGGGACCAAUGCUCGGCACCCUAGCUGCUGGAAUUUGAAUAACAAGACCCUCACUCUGCUUGGGGAAAGACGGGGCUAUGCUCCGUUUAGCCCAGAUGAGAACUCCCUGGUCCUGUUCAGUGAUGACCAGGUCUACUCCACUAUCAGAAAGCAGGAAUAUAAUGGCAAGAUCCCAAGGUUCCGGCGCAUCGGAGGAGAGCGGGAAUUGUACACCAGUGACAUGGUCAUGCAGAACCCACAGUUCAUUAAGGCCGCCAUCAUCAACCAAGACGAGGCCUAUGAUGACAAAAUCUACUACUUUUUCCGGGAGAACAAUCCUGACAAGAACCCCGAGGCCCCCAUGAAUGUCUCCAGGGUGGCCCAACUGUGUAAGGGGGACCGGGGUGGCGUGAGCUCCAUGUCUGCCUCCAAGUGGAACACUUUCCUGAAGGCCAUGCUGGUGUGCAGCGACCCAGCCACCAACAAAAACUUCAACUGGCUGCAGGAUGUCUUCCUGGUCCCUGAUGCCACGGGAGACUGGCGCUCCACGAAGGUCUAUGGCGUCUUCUCCAACCCCUGGAACUACUCAGCCAUCUGUGUGUACUCCAUUGGUGACAUAGACCGAAUCUUCCGUACAUCCCCACUCAAAGGCUACAGUGGGACGCUCCCCAACCCACGACCAGGCAAGUGCCUUCCUGACCAGCAGCUGACACCCACAGAAACAUUCCAGGUAGCUGACAGUCACCCUGAGGUGGCUCAGAGGGUAGAGCCUUUUGGGGCCAAGAAGACACCCCUCUUCCAUUCUAAAUAUCACUACAAGAAAGUCCUGGUGCACCAAAUGCAGGCCAGGAAUGGGUCCACCUUUGACGUUCUCUACCUGGCCACAGACAAAGGAACAAUCCAUAAGGUGGUGGAGUCAGACCACGGUGCCUUUAAUAUCAUGGAAAUCCAGCCCUUCCGUCAGCAUCCAGCCAUUAUCCAGUCCAUGACCCUGGACAAUGUUACGAUGAAACUGUACGUGAACUCUCAGUGGGAGGUGAGCCAGGUGCCCCUGGACCUAUGCAGCGAGUACCGAGGGGGCUGCCAAGGUUGCCUGAUGGCCCGGGACCCUUACUGUGGCUGGGAUGACACUAAUGGCCAGUGUGUCUCCAUCUACAAGUAUAAAGGCCCCGUGUUACAGUCUCUGGGUCCAAACGAGCCACAUAGGGAAUGUCCAUCAUCUAAGUUGGAGAAGAGCUCUGGUGAGGCACAGAGUGUCAUCCUGGCCCGGAAUUCCCGAUACUACCUGACCUGCCCUGUGGAAUCCCACCACGCCACGUACUCUUGGCACCAUGGAGACAAGAAGGUGCAUCGCUGUGAGCCUGGCUGGCAGAACUCUGACUGCAUCUUGUUCAUUGAGAAGCUCACUGAUGAGCAGUACGGGUUGUACCGAUGCAAGGCCGAGGAGGGCACCUACAGCCGCAUCGCUGUUCAGUGGGAGCUGCGCAAGGAAGCCACUGCUGAGCACCUGCUGAUGGGCGACAGCGCUGGGGGCCCGGGGGCCUCGCUCUGCCUCCAGCUGCUGUUCCCACUGGCUGUUUUCCUUCUAUUUCAAUAAGGACUCCUCUGCUCUCGACCCUCCUCCUUCUCAGGGUGUGGGACUUGGUGGCUUGCUCCUGCUCCCUCCUGCCACUUCUGAGGAGCCACUCUCUGCCCCUCUCCUCCCCCCAGGUGCCUCUCACAACAGCUACAGGCCCAAGCCUUGCCUUUACCCCUGGGGGCUAGGGCUGGGGGAGCAGAGAGCUUCUCCCCCACUUUCUUCAGGGGAAUGAACUUUUCUGAGCCAUAGGUCUGCUUGGGAGGCAUGGGGUGUGGGGGGGUGGGGAAGGACUUGGGACGUAAGAAGAGAGGUCUGCUCUUGGCUGCACGUGGAUGCUGGGCUUGUGAAGAGCCUUCCCAAGGUGGUGGGGGGAGGUGAGAAAACCACCAACGAAGGAACAAGACUGAAGGGAGUCGGGAUUGUACCCCGUAUCCCGGCACAUUAUCCCUUUACGAAUGUUUAAAAGAAAAAAAACCCUUAAGCUUAUUGCUCAAGGAUAGACAUCCUCUGGGGGUCACAGGGAUGCAAAGUGGGGAAAUAUCCACCAGAACAGAAUGGAGGGGAUGUAGGGGAAAGGGCUGGACUGGGGACAGGGGCUGUGGGAGGACGAAGUAUUCUCCUCCACGCUCCAAAGGGAAGAGUUUGCCAAAGGUGAAUCUUAUUUGGAAACUAUUUUGACUCUAUGCAUUGGGUGUGUAUGGGUGAGGGGUGGGAGGGGAAUGGACGGAAGGAGAGGGCUGAGCUCUGAAUCCCGAGCCUCUGCCUCAGUUGGAGCCCUGGCACCCAGACUUGGCCUACCUCCACGGUCCUUCUGUGCCCUAGCUGCCAGAGCUGGCCUCUGAUCCAUCUUGCCCCUGCCCAACUCCGUGGGCAGGCCCCUCUCCCCAUUGGAGGUCUCUUUACCCGUGGGCCCGGGACAAGCUGGUGCAUCCCCAGGGGAGGGUGUGCCGUCCAGAUGUCCAGGCUGGGUCCCUCCCCCUUUUGGGGGGAAAGGGGAGGGCCCUCUGAAGCUUGCAUGUUUAUCUAGGGAUGUUUCUUUUCCUGUAGGAAAGGACUUUAUUUGUAUUUGUUUAGCUUAUUUUAAAGUUUGACAACUUCCAACUGCAUCCAAAUGAAUCUUAAACAGUGAAGGGAAGGGUGGGGGUGGGGGUGGGGAUUAGGUGUCCCAGCCUAGGGCACCUGGGGUUGGAGUCAUAAUCCAGAGAUGGCUUAGUUUAGGGGUAUAGGGAGGGAGGGAGAGGGUGGGGACCGAGAGGAGGAGGACUGUCUGCAGAGAUCUCCUUGGAGACCUUGGGGAAGAGUUCCAGGGGCUUGAGUUGUAGCCGGCCCUUCCUAAGCCUGGAGUUAGGGUCAGGUUCAGGGCUAGGAAAGGCAGGACAAAGAACGGUGUUGAUCUGAUAGGGGAGACAGCCCCCAGCCCCAAGGAACUCCAGGCUUUAGGGGAAGGACUAUUCAAACCAGCUCUGGAGUCUCCCUAGAAUGAUAGUCAUGGGGUAGGUAUUCCCCAUGACUUGGAAAUUGAGGGAAUUAUUGGGGGAAAAGGUUGGGGAUGGGGUGGGUGGGACAAGAAUGAAGGAAUAUAUGUAUAUAAUAUAUAUGUAUAUAUAUAUAUUAUAUAUAAUAUAAUAGGUCCAAAUUUCAUGGUGUUCAUUGGGAAGGGGUUUGGUCCUCAUGGGUAAUGAGGGCCUGGGCCUCUGUUGACCUUUGGAGUUGAGGGUUGGGGAUGAGAAGGGGGGCAUCCCAUUCUAAUCCCCUCUGGUGUCCCCUCCCCAAGGGCUGUGCUUCCAUCCGGGUUCAUGCCUUCAGCUCAGGUCAUAUUAUAACUUAGGAUAAACUGUGAACCCCAGAAGGAGCUUUCCCUGGGGCUGUGAAGGCAAGAGUACCACUCCCCAGGGCUUUGGAGCAGGGACUCUCAGGGCCCUUGUUCUUGUCAUUUCAGUAGCAAGCCCAGGCAACCUUCUUCCUCUGUGCCCCAUGGGCCCAGGCCCAGGAACCUGGAAACCUUGGGUCUGCUAUAUCUCCUCUUGAUGCACUUUAAUAAUGUAACAUAUUACUAAUAAACAAGCUAUUUAUUUA